UUACCAGGCAGUUAGUUCUGUGUUGACUGCGGUUCGAGAAGGUUGACAGUUUUCAUUUUGGCUCGCCCGAAAUUGGUAGACGCACAUUUGCACGAGAUACGGUUUUUGGAUUUUCGACUUGUUAAUCAAUUGACGAUCGAUACACUCACGCCCGUUGCAGUAUAUACGAUCCUGUUGAGAACGCCGAAAGCCAAACCGAACUUAUCCGCUACCCUUUUCCCCGACCGAAAUCGAUAUUUAUUUCACGUGAAACAACCCGUCUUCGAGUCGCACUGUACCAAGCGCAUUAUUUAUCAGAAAUAUUAUUUCAGAAGCACAAAAUAAGUCUUACUAAAAAUGGCUUCAGAAAAAAUCGCAAUGACUCAACAAUCGAUAGUUGAGGAAGAACAAACGCGAAUUGGAAAUCAAAAAUGGACACAAUAUUUAGCUGCUUUUAUUGCGACGAUUGGUGGGUUCAUCGCGGGCACGACCCUUGGAUGGACAGCUCCAGCUGGUCCAAUGAUGGAAAGCAAUCAAUAUGCGUUCACCAUAACUCAGGAAAAUGUCGCGUGGAUUGGAGCAUUUAUGCCGCUUGGUGGUAUGCUCGGAUGCCCAGUGACAGCGGGCCUAGUCGACAAGUUAGGACGUAAAAACAUGAUGCUGAUGUUAACCAUACCUACACUCAUUGGUUGGGGAAUGAUAAUAUGGGCCGAAUCCGUGACAUGGAUCUGUAUGGGAAGACUUUUAACUGGAUUCGCUACCGGAUCAUUAUCUGUCAUCGUACCUUUGUAUACAUCUGAAAUAGCCGAAAAAGAAAUUCGUGGUACUUUGGGUACAUAUUUCCAGUUACAAGUUACUGGAGGAAUUUUAUUCACCUACAUUGUAGGAUCUUACUUCAACGUAUUCGGUCUGUCCAUCAUCUGCGCCAUAAUACCGCUGUUGUAUGCGGGUUUAAUGGUCUUAAUACCAGAAAGUCCUAUCUUCAACCUUAUGCAAGGAAAAACAGAAAAAGCUCGUUUGUCUUUGAGAUAUUUCCGUGGACCUUAUGGCACAGUGGAUCAAGAAUUGUCGCUGAUGCAAGACUCUUUAGCUAAGACCGAAAGGGAAAGAGUUCCAAUAAUGGAAGCAUUCCAGACAACACCAGCUAAACGCGGACUGUUCAUCGGUCUCGGAGUCAUGCUUCUGCAACAGUUCAGCGGAUGCAAUGCUGUCAUAUUCUACGCUACAUUCAUCUUCAAAGAAGCGGGCAGCGCUCUUGAACCUAGCAAAGCCACCAUCGUAGUCGGUGUUAUGUCCGUGAUCGCCACGUACGUCUCUACACUGGUCGUCGACAAACUGGGAAGGAAAAUUCUACUCUUGUCUUCUAUUAUCGUCAUGGGAAUUUGCACGCUGUUGAUUGGCGCGUUCUUCUACAUGAAGGUCAAUAAUUACAACGUCUCGUCUAUCGGACUGAUUCCGCUCGUGUCCAUGUGCUUGUUCAUAAUCCUGUUCUCACUGGGCUUCGGACCCAUUCCUUGGAUGUUGAUUGGAGAAAUCUUCCCGGCACAAAUCAAAGGUACCGCUUGCUCAAUCGCCUGUAUGUCCAAUUGGUUCUUCGCGUUCGUCGUGACGAAAUUCUUCUCGUCGUUGGUAGCUGCCAUUCACAUAUACAACACGUUCUGGUUAUUCACAUUAUUCUCCGUGUUGGGCACGUUCUUCGUGAUCACCAUCGUCCCCGAAACCAAAGGAAAGACGAUGGACGAAAUCCAAGAGAUGCUCGGCGCAGGUAGUGAUCUCACACCACCAACACACGCCAUCAAUCCUGUGAUGGACACCAAAGAAAAAUUCUAAGCUAGUACACCUGUAACGGAUUAGUUAAUCGUUCCGUCUCCUUUAUCUUCCCAAUUAGUAUUAAACAAUACCACGAUUGUUUUAUUGAAUCAAUAUGAAUCAUUACUUAUUACAUACAAAUUGGUAAUGUACUACACCUGUUAAAGGGUGUUCGUUUCUUUUGUAGGUUUAUUUAUUGCAUAAAACCAUUAUUAAUGGGAAGGCAGAUUUGUAAACAUUAUCAUUUACUGACAUCAUACUAUGAUUUAUGGCUGAAUUGUAUUUAAUUCUUUUUUUUUUUUUUUUUUAAUUUAAACGA